GAGUUCGCGACCGUAGUCUUGGCUGGUCUAUGAUCAGUUGAAUUUGAUGUUGUGCCCCGCGAAGAGGUUGCUUUUUGUGUAGUUGAGUCUCGGCGCGAGAAGGAGAGAAAGUUAAUUCGUCACACCCGCGAAUCAGAUGACUUUCGGGGGCUCACUUGCCGGCAAUCUGGUGGUCGCGCUCCCCCACUUCCCGUUCACAAAGUGAAAUUGUGAGCCCCACAGAGAGAGUGUGGAGUCGUGUGACACGGUGACAUGCUAGAAAAAUUACAAAUGUGAGUGUUCAAUGCAUUAAGUUUAAAAGGAAAAAUAUCUCGCGAGUAUUUAAAAAUAAAACAUGCAUUGGAAUCCAAGGGUGAACAACCUUCGGUGCACUCCUCAGGUUCUUUCUUCUCCCAUAUAAAUGUGAGAACCACAUCAUUUUGUGACCAUUUGUGACUUGUGUGUGAGAAAAAAAAAUAAUAUAUCUCACCUGGGGAGACUUCAUACCACACAUAAUGAGAAGCCAUAAAUUAAAUUCACUCUUUAUCAUUGAAUGAUUAUGGUGUGGUCUCAUGGUUUAAGAUGUGUGAGACUAAACACAGGAGAGGAAAAUCGCGCGAAAAAUUGAUAUCGAGCCACGAAACAAAGACGCGCGCGGUUGAGAGGCGGAGGGGCUGGCAAAUCCCACGAAUCACGCUUCAACGGAAGUAUUCAGAAUAAAUUUUACUCGCAGUGUUUCACAACGCGCCUUAGUGAUAAGAAAUUGAUAUUUUUGACCAAAGUACUUGGUCGGAGCAGUGUGAGGGGGACUUUCAGUUCUCAACGGAGUAGAUCUUGGCAUCGUACCAAUAAUUUAGAUCGUUCUUUAGGCACGUGUAAAAGAUAUUUACUGAUGAAAUUUAAAAGAAUUUAAUUUUUAAAUAAAAGUAGAAAAUUUAAAAGAAAAAAGUGUGAGAUUUCAUGUGGACGUUUUGGUGGGAAAAAGUGCUUGAAGAGGAAUUGCAGAGAAGACCGAAAGAACAUAGCUGACGAGGAGCUUUCCUGACCUACCGCAAAGCUAAUCAUAUUGCGCACUAAGCGAAAGGCAUUCACCUGUGGCAACGCGCGCGAUAUGUGAUGCGAGAUGGAUUGGAUUCGACGUAUCUUCAACAAAUCCACACCAACACCUACAACACCAGGUCACGAUGAAUCCCUGGAGACAAAGGAGGAGUACAAUCAACGAUGGUACUCUGUACGUGUCAUCUACUUCACUAUGUUUCUCAUGUCGUUGGGAUUCAGCAUUAUACUCACGGGCAUUUGGCCCUAUCUCAAUAAGCUAGAUCCUGAAGCUGGAAAGGAUUUUAUGGGAUACAUUGUGGGUGCCAAUCCAUUCGGUCAGAUGCUCUUUAGUCCCUUGUUUGGUUUCUGGAGCAAUAAACUCACCUCCAUACGUAUCCCACUUCUCCUCUCCUUGGUCAUCUUCACAACAGCCAGUGCUGUGUACUCAUCCAUUGAGAUUCUACCAUCGCAUCAUAAGUAUUGGAUGCUAAUUUCGAGGUUUUUUGUUGGUGUCAGCUCUUCCAAUAUUGCCGUAUGCCGAUCUUACUUGUCAGCUGCAACAAGGCUCAAGGAACGCACUGGAGCCGUAGCCAUGGUGUCCCUUGCGCAAGUUUUGGGCUUUGUUGUGGGUCCUGCCCUUCAGGCUGCUGUUACACAGCUCGGAGAGCGGGGAUUUGUAAUUCCAGGGAUCUUCCACCUAAACAUGUACACUGCUUCCGGGUGGAUCAAUGUUCUACUGGGCAUUGGGAAUUUUUGCAUGUUCUUGCCGACAUUCUUUAAGGAAAGAAGAAUUGCAGCCAAGGAAGCCAUGAUAAUGCAGGGAAAAGAUGAUGAACAGGAAACAUGGAAAUCCAUUAAGCCAGAUUAUUUUUCAGCAUGGACUCUCAUUGUUGCCUUCUUCAUUCUCGUUUUUAAUUUUGUUCUUCUGGAAACACUGGGAACAUCGCUGACAAUGGAUCAGUUUACAUGGACAAAAAUGGAAGCUCUGUCUUACAUGGGGAUCCUAAUGUCUGUGGGAGCUGUAAUUGCGUGCGUAACUUUCGUGGCCAUUAAUCCACUGUGUAAGCGUUUCGAUGAGCGCAAAGUACUCCUCUGGGGUGGCUUCUUCUUCAUGGUUCUCGGGCGUGCUCUCUACAUUCCAUGGGGUAGUGAACCACCCCCAAUUGCCGAGGUUAGCAAUUCAACAAAUCCCGAUGUUGAGGUUGUUGGGUGUCCAGCAUCACAGGAAUGGUGCAGAACAACACCCGCCAUGACGAUAGCACAAUUCCUCCUUGGCUACAUCACAACAUCCAUUGGAUACCCAAUUGGGGUGACUCUCAUCCAGACAAUCUUCUCCAAGGUCCUCGGACCACGGCCACAGGGCACGUGGAUGGGUUUAAUGACGGGCUCAGGGUGCCUAUCACGUGUCCUCGGGCCCGUCUUUGUGGGGUACAUCUACACAAGAUUGGGCACAUACUGGACUUUUGGUGUGACGACAGUUAUGAUGGCCGUAGCCAUGAUAUGGUUGUGGCUCUUCAGUAAUCGCCUUGUACCACCUGAACUUGAUAAUCCACCCAUUCCACCGUCUGUGGAACUGCACGAAAUGUCAAUGGUGAAGCUGGCAUCCCGAGAAUCCCUAGAUAUAGUAUUAGAACCCGAAUUAGAAGCCCUUAAGCCAGAAAAAGAUGAAAACAGGUAGAUCACAAUAGAACGAAUUUAAUAUCGCGCUGUACAGAUCACAAAUAAAAGUAAAAAAUAGUAUAAAAAA